AUGGACGAUAUCACGACAUCGCUAAGCGCAUCCAUACCGCCCACCAUGACCGACCUCAAACCCGUUGCCGACCCCUCCCCGAGAUGGGUAACCGACCUCACCAACCCACCGCCUCACAAGUCCAAGCCGGCUAGCAUCCCCGAUCCUCCAGGCUACUCGUCGCAAGCCGUGUCCGGUCCUUCCAAGAAGAAAGAUGUCUCCCGCCCCGCCGGCCGCCAACAACCCUCGCCCGAACAGAUGGACACGCUCAAGCUCAAAAAGGCCUGGGAAGUCGCCCUCGCCCCCGCCAAGAACCUCCCCAUGACCCUCAUCAUGAUGUACAUGUCCGGCAACUCUCUUCAGAUCUUCAGCAUCAUGAUGGUGUUCAUGGCCUUCAAGAACCCCAUCAUGGGUCUGUUGGGCACCAACCAGGCCUUUGAGAGGUUCGAGACGGACAGCAACAGGGGGUCUAUUCUACAGGUGAAGGCGGCGUAUGUGCUUAUGCAGGUGUUGGCGUUGGCGGUGGGUGUGUGGAAGAUUAAUAGUAUGGGGCUGUUACCGACAACGAGAUCGGACUGGCUUGCUUGGGAAGUGCGCAGGGAACCGCUGGAACAUGCUAUUCCAGCAUUGUCGUUAUAG